AUGAACAGACCAAAGACAGAAAUAUCGCAAUCAGAAUCACUGCCAAAUACGAUAGAAAUCAGGCUGAAUGACGAGGGCCAUACUGCAGCAAGUGUGAUAACAGAACGAAUGGAGGAGUCAGUUGAUUUUGUGGCCUAUAAAAUAACACACCCAACUGAUAAUUUUGUGACAAUUCGAGUUCAAUCAAAGGAGAAUCCAGUACUACAGUUCAAGAAGUGUGUUAAAUCAAUCAUACGAGACAUAUCUGAAGUGAUUGAACAGGUUGAGAAUGCAUGUUGA